UGGCGCCAAGCUUCGAACGGGGCGGCGGGCGUGGGGGGCUGUUCCCGUCCCCUCCCUCCCCGACUCCCUCUUUCCCCCCCCAGUCCCUCCGUGAGGCGAUGCUGCGGCCGCUGCUCCGCCCGAGGGGCCGCCGGCAGGCUUUUCAACAGCUGUUCCAGUAAUGUUAUGGGUAAGAAAAUGGCUUACAAACCUGCGGAAAGACCAACUUUCUUUGAAGUAUUUAAGGCACAUUGCAGUGAAUCAGAUUUAGGGCCCAUCAGUCUCAACUGGUUUGAAGAACUCACUGCAGAAGCACCACCAUAUGAGCCUAAAGUGUUUGGAGAACUUGAUGCUUCCUCUGGCUGGCUUGAUCAAGCAUCUUUUAAAACUCCAAGGACAAAACCCUCUACAUACACUCAACUGGCAUCAACUCCACUGAUCUUUAAAGAACAAAGUGCAAUAUUGCCACCUUGUUCUUCUCCUGAUAAAGAACUGGAUCAGAAAAAAGUCAGAACAAAUGGAGAGAAUUCGAUAAGCCCAAGUAACACAAGAAGGAAAGUAGACCAAGAAAAUGAAAUGCUUGCUUCUCCUCCUGGUACCUGCCGCAACUGCCUUGCUGCUAGUCCAGCUAUUUUAAGGAAUACUUAUAGGACACCUCAGAGAAAUAAUAUGCCUGGACCAUAUGGAAGUUUGUUUUGCACACCAAAACUUUUGGAGGUCAGAACUCCAAAAUGUAUUUCUGAAAGUCUGGGAGCAGAAGUGGAUCCAGAUAUGUCCUGGUCAAGUUCUUUAGCCACACCUCCUACACUUGCUGAAACAGUGAUAAGAGUUAGAGAGAAUGAUUCUGUCUCUGAAGCAAAGCAGCAGGAUGGAAGAGCAGAUAGAAUUUUGCACAACUUUUUUUCCAGCCAUGAUAAAUGUCCUGAGAUAAGUGAUACAAGUAUGCUGUUGGUACCAGAGACAGUCAAGCUAAAUGCUGAAGAUGAUGUCAAAGAUUUGGAGUCAGAGGUGUCAGAUGGCUUACUUGUUGAGAUGGAUAGCUUUGAUGACACAUUCAACAUGCCCACUAAGUCCAGUGGAACUCUUCUACUGAUGCCACGUGCUUUGGAUGCAGUAGAGAAAUGUGAGAUAAACACAGAUAAAACACACGGAAAGGAGGAGGCUCCCUCUGAGCAACCUAAUAGAAGAAAGACUGGCAUGUCACAGGAAGUGAAAACAAAUAACUGGACUGAAAAAGCACACUCUACUGAAAUGAAUGGUUCUUUACUCCAAAACACCACUGAAGGUACAGGAGAUGGUAAAGAUGAUUGUUUAACAGGACAUGAAAAGGAACUGGAGUCACUUAGGAUCUCAGAUGUGCAAGAUUAUAGGACACACAAGUCAUUUAAGAAUGAGAAGCCUGUAAAAGAAGCUGUGCAACCUUCAUCAAGCCAGUGGUCUCAACUGAACUUAUCUGACCUUGACAUAGCUCACUUGGAGAUGUCUGAAUGUAGCUCUCCACCCUCUGACUUCCAUAGAGAGGAAGAUUUAGGAGAGAAGUCAGUACUAAUGACCAAGGAUGAUGCUGUAGAAACAUCUUUACUGAAUACUUCAGGCUUGAUAAGAGCAGAAAAGCUACUGAGUGUCAAUUUGUCAGAAAAAUGCUAUGAAAUGGAAAAUGCUGAAAACAGCCCAACAUCAGAAAUAACUCCAGUAAAAGCUAUGUGUCUGAGCAUUCAAGAUCCAAAGUUAGUAAAAGGAUGUGCAGCUGAGAUUUCCAAAAUGAGCUUCUUAAACUGCAGCGCUUUUUUAAUUGAACAUACAAAUGUCACAGAGUAUUCUAUAGUCUACAAUGGCAGCUUUUCCAAGCAUUUAAAAACAACUUCUAAAUCUGUUGUAACUGAUGUUCUGUCUCACCCACUUAUGUGUAGUGCCACAUCUCCAGAUAAUUGUGAUGACCUACAUUUGAUAAGCAGUGAAAAUACUCUUACAAAGUCCAGCUUUAAAAGCCUGAAUAUGUUAUCCAACUUGAGAAAGAGAUCCAGGAGAUUUAUUUAUACAAUAAAUAAUACUUUACUGUAUCAAGAAGAAAAAGUACAGAAAGAAGUAACCUCUGAAACACCUACUCAUCCUGUACUACCCCAUUCGGAAUCUGAUUCAUACGAACUUAGAGGCUGUCAGGUGGCCAGUGAGGUUGAACAAGACCAUUUUCUUCUUGCUGAGAGGAAGUGUUUGCAAUCAAAUACCAAGACAGAGAAUUUCAGCAGUUGUACUUUAAAAAUGGGUAUAUCAGAUAACUCAUCCAAUAAUUCUUUCGGCAAUAGGCUGAAGCAACAAGACCUGAGAGACCUGGGGGGAAAUGCAAGAGAGGAUCAACCUGCUAUGUCAAUAAAAUGCUUAGAAGUAUCUAAUACACAGAAGGAAGAUAAGACAAAUUCUUUAAAUAGUGAGAUUAUUUCCAGUAUAAAACGUAAAGUUCUAACUUCAGCAUGCCUAAUGGCAAGAAAGCGUUCCAGAUUUCUCCCUAAAAGCUGUUGCUUAAGGAAAGGUGAGGAAGAUGAGGAUAUGAGCGCUAAUGCGAACAAUGCAGCUGCUGCACCUCAGAUCCUGAAAGAAGAACUUGGGUCUUCUCCUAAGGAUAAGGAACAGUUGACUGGUGUGCACCAUGACUGCACAUCUACGACAAACAGCGGUUUCAAGAAUACUGUGAGUCAGAUCGACUUUGGCUUAACUGGAGUCAGUAGUGAUUGCUGCAAUAAAUCAUCACCUGGCAAAAGGCAUGCUGCGGACCAGAGCUCAGGAGCUGACUGUAGGGCAGUACAUAGACCUUUGGGGAUGAACUGCUCAGAAAAUGAUGGUAUUGCAUUAAAACAAGGGGAGCAGAGAGAUGCAGCUGCCUUUCCAGAAGCUGUAGCCAACAAUGAAGAGCCAAAGCCAGUUGAAAACAAUGAAAGCCCUCGAGCAGCUGCUCUCAGUAAUGUAGCUUUAGAGAUUGCUAAAGAAUUAUUAGAUCGUAUAGAUAAUAGUUCUUUAAACAAAGUAAUUUCUGAAGAAGAUAAACAAGUAGCACCUCUGCAUUCAAGAAAAAAGCCAAAGGAGAACCUAAAGCAUAAAGGGAAAUCAUCAGCAAAUCUUAAUGCAUGCAGUUUGAAUCCAGGCUUUGGUGGCUUUCAGACUGCUUCCAAUAAGCAGAUUAAAUUCUCUGAAGCUAGUAUAGCAAAAGGCAGAAUGCUGUUCAAGGAUAUUGAAAAUGAAUGCUUUGAAACUGCUUCUGUGGAAAGAGCCAGAAAGUUUUCAAGCCACGUUAAAAAGGAGAAUAUGCUUUUCUCAGAUUCAGAAAGCAAGUUGGGCAGUAAUUUAUCUGAUUCUUUAGAUUCACAGACGAGCUUUCUUGAGCCCAGGCAUACACAGUUUAUUCCACAUAAAGUUGACUUGUGUAAAAGCUUUCCUAGAACUCCACAAGCCUUUCAGGAAGCAAAUGAAACCUUGACAGCAAGCCAAGAAGCCGAAAUUGCUGAACUUUCUAGUAUCCUGGAAGAAACAGGUAGUCAGUUUGAAUUUACACAGUUUAGAAAGCAAAGUAAUAUGAUACAAAGUCAUGCCUUUCAGCAGUUCAGGACUGUAGAAACACGUGGAACAAAGAAUGUAGAAAAUAUUUCUGAAACAAGGGAAGAUGAUGCUUUUUGUAGCACUUUCAAAUCUGAAUACCAAAUGAAAAAUGACAAGUAUUGUAGUCAGCAGGAAGAUACAAGUGAAGACUCCAAAGUGGGGGAAUAUGAAAAAGAAAAUGCAGUCGUUUUCCAUAAAAAUGACAAAAAGGUUACUUUCAGUCACCUAGACAUACAUGAAAGUAGGAGAUCUGAUGAGAGCUUUCCCAUAGCCAAACAGGACAGCUUUUCUAAUUUCAUAGGCUUUACUUCAGCUGGAGGUAAAAAGAUAAAUAUUUCUAAGGCAGCUUUGAGCAGAUCUGCAGAGCUCUUCAGGGACUUGGAUGAUGAUAACUAUUUCUUUAAAUCUUCAGAAACCAGUACUAGAUGCCACAAUUCAAAGGGGUGUAUGUCUUCUAACCGUAAUUUUUUCAGCUGCCUGGGAAAAGAAAGGAAAGAAAAAGCAUGUUGUGUUUCAGAUUUCAAAAACGUAAAUGCCAUUUCUCACACAGGUUCACUUUCCUACCAUGCACAGAAUAAGAGUAAGGAAAAUACUAGUACAGCAUUUAAAGAAAAUAUGGAAAGUAAGGCAAAAAUUUCAGUAAAUGAUACUGAAAAUGCUAAUUUCAAUAGUAUUAACAAUAACAGUCUGUCACCCAUUAAAAAUCAUAAGCAGAGUUGUAAAACUUCCGAACAGUUUUUAAAUCAAGGAGAUGAUCAAGCUGAAGGCAAUUUACAAGACAACUCAUUAGAUGUAACACAUCUAGAAGAUGCUAUUUUGCCUGCAGAAGAACAUAGUUUAAGUAUAUCACAUGAAAUGGAAAACUGGUGUCCUCAUCAGAAAGGAGAAGACAGAAAGGAAGAUGAAUGCUUGUCACCAGUGUUUCGAACUCCAACUGGUGGUAAUAUAUCCAUUUCUGACGCAGCUUUGGAUCAUUCUCUACACUUGCUCAGUGUACAGUGCAAAGAAAGAGAUGUAAAACUUUUGGAGAACUCUGAUAAAGAAAAAACGAAUUGUAAAAAUAUGGAAGAAGACACCACCCAUGGUAAGAACCUGUUAGUAAAUGAAGACAGAAUAAAACUAGGUUCUUACCAUCAUCAAAUACCUUUCGAACAAGAGCUAGAUGUGGGAAAAAAUGAAGUGAAAGGGAGUUACCUGACUGGUUUUCAUACUGCUAGUGGCAAGAAAAUAGCAAUUCCUGAUGGAUUUUUGGCUAAAGCAGAACAGUUCUUUGCAGAAGAUACUGAUGUAGGAAAGGAACAUAAUGACAGUUUUGAGAAUCUCAUCAAGAAAAGGAAAUGUGACAAAAACUGUGUUAAAGACUGUGAUUUGUGUAUUGAAAGCAUUGCUCAGCGUGAUCCAGAAAAACUUAAUUUUAAUGAAAAGCCCGUUCAUGAAGAACCUGGAGAUCAGUUUAAGCAGGCAAUGGAGAGCAGUCCCAUUAAGCAUGGUGUGAUUCUUGAUCCUGUCAACGUAGAUACAUUUGUUAAUCUAGGUGAAGGUUGUGAAAGAAGUUUGGUAACUUCACACAUGCAUAAAAAAACUGGUGUCAGACCUGGAAAGUCAGAAUUGGAAGCCCUUACAGGACAGAAGAGCGAUGCUUUAAGCAGAACUCAUUUGUCUGAAGAUGGAAAACCUCCAGAGACAAAGAUGGAAUACUCACCAAGAAAGAAGGAUGAUUCAGAAGAUACUGAUGAUUUUCCUGUGCACUCUGCUGCAUCUCUGCAUUUAAUGAAGGCACCAAAUGACCUUGAAGAUAAUUGUAUGCCUGGAGAUACAGAAAAUACUUUAUUUGUUGAGGAUAACAGUAAAUCCAAUCAAUCUCUCCUCUUAACUUCAAAAAACAGCUGCUUGGAUUUGAAUGGUGAUAGUAAGGAGUUGGACAGUAAGGAAUUAGAACAUUUAAAUGAACCGUGUGCUUAUACAAACUGCUUCACAGACACCAUAGUUAAUGCUUGCCAAAACGAGUCAGUAGUCAGCCUUCCUGAUGAUGGAACCAAUUUAACCAGGUUAACAGAAACUACACUUAAUGUUGAAAAGCAAAAGGAUGAUCUGAAACAAACUGUGUUUAGUACAGCAAAAGGUAGAGCGGUUUCUGUUUUGGAAAGUGCAUUAGCAAGAGUCAGACAAAUGUUUCAGGAAGAUUACAGUGAAGUUAAGCCUAACUCAAGAACUAAUCAAACAGGAAUUGCUAGAAAUUCAUCUUCAGUCACUCAUGCUGAGUGUCCUAAUUCUGCUAAUUCUUUUAAUGCUACGGCAAGUGAAGAGGCUAAUUCAGCCACAUCCCAAUUUAUUAAAGUGAAUGCAAGUGCUAGUGGAAAUGGUCAUCAAGAAACAAAUAUGUCUGCAGAUGCAAGGUCUGUUUCAAAUUCUCAGAAGCAAUGCUUUGAAGAGAAUAUUAAGCUUAGAGGGCACUUUUCUGUUCCAGAUAAGCAGAUGAAGCCAUCAGAUGCUUCUACAAGCAAUUUUGGAUUUUUUAGUACAGCAAGUGGUAAACCUGUACAACUCUCAGAAGAGUCACUCAGGAAAGCUAGACAGCUCUUUUCUGAAAUGGAAGAUUAUCAUUCAUCACAUGCUCAAGAAGCGUUUUCAGCUGAGGAAGAUGUUGAAAAGUCUAAAAUGAACACUGAAGGCCUUCCUAGGAAAAUGCAGACAGCUUUACCAAAAGGGGAAGAAAAUGCCAGUACUGAAUUGGUUUCAGAUUCUGCUUUUGGGUUCAGCACUGCAAGUGGAAAACGGGUAACAGUCUCUGAAGAUGCCUAUCAAAAAGCAAAGGCAAUUUUAAAAGAAUCUGAUGAUUUUUUGAGUAGUGGGCUUUGCAUUACAGAUGAAUUUAGUUCAGUUAAAGAGAAUGGUCAACAUGCAAAAUGUUUGACUGAUAAGGUGGUCUUGGACUCCAAAACUGAAAAAAGCUGCAAUCAAGACUCUGACUUUAAAAGCACCUGUCCUGAGGAAAUGAAGUAUUUUCCAAGCACUCACCAUGUCAGAAUGCCUGAGUACAUACCAUACGUGAAAAACAACAAGCAGUUAACAUCAUUUAAAAAUAGCUUUCAGCAGGAGGAGACUAGGUCUUUUGGAAAAGGGCAGCUGAAUCUGGGGUUGAAAACAGAGACUGAAACAAUUUCAUGCAAUGCUCCUGCUAAGGCGGAAAUCAAUAUUGAUCUUCUCCAAACUCCAAAAAAUUACUUGGAAGUAGAGGCUGUAGAAAGUGCAAGAGCUUUUAUGGAAGACAGUUUUUCCAGUUCUGGAGUUCAAAUUAAUGCUGCACAGUCCUUCGGUAGCAGACUGGAUAAAAACUUUCAAAACAAGACCUUUGGGAAGAGACACUCUGAAGAAAACAACUCGUUUGGAGAACCUCCAAUUAAAAGACAGCUCCUGCUUGAAUUUAACAGAACAGAGAAUCCCCCCAGAUCUUUGAAAGCUUCAAAAAGCACCCCUGAUGGCAUUUUCAAAGACAGAAGAAAAUUUAUGUACCAUGUGCCUUUAAAACCCGUAACUUGUCAACCUUUUGGGUCAACUAAAGAACGUAAAGAAGUCAAGGAUCCUACCCUUGCUCUACCAGAUCAAGACUUCAAAGGAUUCCAGUCUAAACCUGCCAUUUUUCAGCACCGUGCACUAAGGCAGUCCUCAAAUGGUACUUCAGAGGUUUCUACUCCAUGUAAGGCCUCAGCAAAAGAGAGUGAAGAAACAAGAAGUCUGUACAGAUCUGGCAAAACUGUUAAAACUUUUAUUCCACCCUUCAAAACCAAGCUGACGUUUUCUACAUGUGAACAAGGUAGCAGCAAAAGGUGUGACUCACCGAUCAGCAAAAGUAUGACCCAAGAGAUGGAAUUAAAUCAGAUCACAACUGAGCAAAAUACUGCUGAACCUCAAGAUCACCAGUCUUGCAUCCAGCAUGCAGCAGACACUGACAGAGAAAAUGGUAAAUCAGCUGUGGUCAGGAUGGUGACAAAUCUCCGCUGUGCCAGAGAUCUGCAGGAAAUGAGAAUUAAAAAGAAGUGCAGGCAAAAUAUUCGCUCACAGCCAGGCAGUCUUUAUGUCAUUAAAACCUCUGCGAGCAAUAGAAUCUCUCUGAAAACUGCGGUGGAAGAGAAAUCUCCUAGUUUUUAUUCUACAGAAGAGCUAUACACAUACGGUGUUUCAAAACAUUGCAUACAAGUUAACAGCACAAAUGCAGAAUCUUUCCAGUUUCUCGUCAAAGACUUUUUCAGUAAGGAGUAUUUGUUAGCUGGAAAUGGAAUGCAACUUGCUGAUGGAGGAUGGCUAAUACCUACAGAUGAGGGAAAAGCUGGAAAAAAGGAGUUUUACAGAGCCCUCUGUGAUACUCCUGGUGUGGAUCCCAAGCUAAUAUCUGAGGCCUGGGUUUACAAUCACUACAGAUGGAUUGUAUGGAAACUGGCAGCCAUGGAAGUGUCAUUCCCACAUGAAUUUGCUAACAGAUGUUUGACACCAGAAAUGGUGCUGUUGCAAUUGAAAUAUAGGUAUGACUUGGAAGUUGAUAAAAGUAAGCGAUCAGCAAUCAAAAAAAUAACGGAAAGAGAUGACGCAGCAGGUAAAACACUUGUACUGUGUAUUUCCAAAAUCAUAUCGCUGAACGCCGUUGUAUCUCCUAGCAGUAGCAAUAAGAACGUGGAAAAUAAAAAAGCGGCAAUAAUUGAAGUUACUGAUGGCUGGUAUGGGAUUAGAGCUCUUCUGGAUCCACCUCUCAAAGCUUUCUUAGAUAGAAGGCGACUGACUGUUGGUCAGAAGAUCAUAGUGCACGGAGCAGAACUUGUUGGCUCUCAGAAUGGAUGUACACCACUGGAAGCUCCAGAUUCCCUCAUGUUAAAGUUUUCAGCGAACAGCACUCGAUGUGCACGAUGGCAUGCAAAACUAGGAUUUCAUCGGGAUCCCAGGCCUUUUCCUUUGCCGUUGUCAUCGCUUUACAGCGAGGGUGGUGCAGUGGGGUGUAUUGAUGUAGUUAUUCAAAGAACUUAUCCUAUUCAGUGGAUGGAAAAGACAUCAGCUGGUUCAUAUGUUUUUCGUAACAGUCGAGCUGAAGAAAGGGAAGCUGCCAAGCAUGCAGAGGAUCAACAAAAGAAACUGGAAGCUCUGUUUGCAAAAAUCCAAUCAGAAUAUGAAGAGCAUGAAGAGAGAACUACCAGAAGAACACCAAGAUCACAUAUAGUCACAAGACAGCAAAUCCACAAUUUGCAAGAUGGUGCAGAACUUUAUGAAGCAAUUCAGAAUGCAUCUGAUCCUGGUUAUAUGGAGGGAUAUCUCAGUGAAGACCAGUUAAAAGCUUUGCGGGCUUACAGGCAGUUGAUGAAUGACAAAAAGCAAACUCGGAUGCAAGAAGAAUUCAAGAAGGCUUUAGAGUCAGCAGAACAGGAAGAAAAUGGUUGUUCCAAAAGAGACGUGUCUGCUGUAUGGAAAUUGUGUGUGGUAGACUACAGAAAGCAAGAAAAAUAUAAAGGAGUGAUACUGAGUAUCUGGCGUCCACUGCUGGAUAUUUGUUCAUUGCUAAAGGAGGGCAGUCGGUACAGAAUCUACCAGCUGUCAGCAUCACAGUCCAAAGGAAGGGCAGACUCAACUAACAUACAAUUAAUCGCAACGAAGAAAACUCAGUAUCUGCAACUAUCAGUAUCACAGGAGAUGCUGGUACAGAUUUUCUUUCCAAGAAAGACUCUAAAAUUCACCAGUUUGUUGGAUCCUUCUUUUCAGCCACCAUGUGCUGAAGUCGAUUUAGUCGGAGCUGUAGUUUCUGUUAGCAGAACAGGUUUUGCUACUAUGGUGUACUUAUCUGAUGAAAGCUGUAAUUUCGUGGCAGUAAAGAUCUGGACAGAUCUCAGACACCUUGCUGUUGAAGAUAUAGUUGUCCGCUGCUCACUCAUUUCUGCAAGCAACCUUCAGUGGCAGUCUGAAUUCAGAUCAGAAAUUCCAGUGCUUUUGGCUGGAGAUCUUUCUGUGUUCUCAGCCAGUCCAAAGGAAAACUAUCUUCAAGAGAAGCUUAAUGAACUGAGAAGUAUGAUAGAGAAUGUGGGCUCCUUUUGCUCUGAUGCAGAAAGUAAACUGAUGAAUUUGCUACAAAGAAAUCUCUUGCUUACACCCAGUUUAACUAAAAGAUCUGACUUGGAAAGCCCUUCUCCUUCCCGCAGCUUUGCAGAGGAUAAAAGUUCGAUCUCUUCUAGAAUCGAAAUGAAACAUCCGAGCCCUUUGUCAACUAGCACACCAUAUAUGAAACUUGUCACACCAGGGUCAGCAAAAACACCUUCACCUGCAGCAGUUAGUGAAGACCAUCUCAAAAACGCCAAAAAGAGAAAAGCUAUGGACUUCCUCAGUUGCAUACCUGCCCCUCCACCACUGACACCAAUACGUUCAGUAGUUUCUCCAUCUGUUAAAAAAGCAUUCCAGCCCCCAAGAAGUUUGGGUUUACAGCGUGGCAAGUCAUCAAAAGAGUCAGAUCAGAAUAUUGGUCAUGUCACACCCUGUAGAAAACUGAGAGAAACUGUCCAUCUUCCUGAGAAUGACCUGGUUGCUGAUGAAGAACUGGCAAUGAUUAACACACAAGCACUCAUGAAUAAUUUACCAGAAGAAAAGAAGAUGAAUUAUGUAAAUGAAAACAGCAAUACAAUAGCUACUAAUUUAUCUGGUGAUCUUUCAUCCAGAAAUAGUUCCAGGUCUACUGAGAAAGCAAAUAACUCAUCAAAAAGCAGUUCUGAAGUAGCUGAGACUCUUCAGAAGGACCCAAAGGAACCUCAGGAUUCAUUAGCAGCCCACAGAGUGCUACAAAGACAAAAGUCCCGAAAAUGCUACUAAACACACAUGUACAGUAUUGUAUAUAUUUCAAAUUCAAAUUAUUUUUUCACUUUGUACAUUAAAUCUUGAUUGUAUUUAAUAAAGCUGUAUUUCAAAAA